AUGCCUCUCCAGUGUCAAGGUGGCUUUGUAUCGCAGAGUUCGUCAUUGCAGCCGAGGGAGGCGGAGCCGAAUCAGCACACUGAGGUUGCAAUAUCGCCAGCAUUGGAGAGAAAGCUGGUGACCCUGAGACAAAUCACACAGAUCCGUCGUCCUUGCAAGCUUCGAGUCAGGCGAAUGGAGGUGGUUACCAUCGCCGGUGGAUGGAAUGCCGUCUUCUGCAAAGUGACGGACGACCCGUUCCUGGACUACGACCUCGGAGGCCGUGUCUACACCGGAGAGCGUGCUCUCUGCACGCAAGUAAUCACUCAGUUCGUUUUGUAUGCUCCAGCUACCGCAAUCGAUCAAUGUAUUGGCCGCAACGAACAUGCACCUAACUACGAGCGCAAGGAGGGCCAGAUGCCCUUCUAUGACUGGUCUGGAGAGUGUGUUCAUCUGAGAUGCUUGGUCAGACGAACAACGCAGCACGGACGGCGCUACUCACAACAAUUCGAGCCGAGAGCGUUGGGCAUGGCCAUCGGCCGGAGGACAGCUUUGGCCGAGACAUAUGGACCUUACGUAAUGACUUGCUUCCCGCCUGAGCCCAAAUCCUCCGCGCUCCCUCCCACCAAGCUCAGCAGAUCAACGGGUGCUGCUAGCAAGCCAUUUUCGCGCCAAGCAGAGCGAUACAUUGGCUCUCCAAGUCUUCUAUGUUCCGCCUCAUCCCUUGGAGCACCUCCCAACCCAGCUCCAUCUCUGUUCCACCCCAGUCUAGACGGAAUACUUCGAAAGGAGGAAGAAGCUGUGAAGAUACAAGAGGUUCUCAAAUCUCUUGAUGAGCCCAAGCAGCUGGACCGUACAGAGUCUCAGCGGCACAGUGGUGAAUACCGCUGUGGUGAGGCACGCGUCGCCAUUGGCAAUACAACCGAGGCUAGCGACGGAGAGAAAGCCGGCACCCAGAUUGGCGCUACAAUGGCUGCUGACGACGAGCGCGAGAAGGGCCCAAUGAGCCUCUUUGGCUCUAUUCGAAAACGACUCUCCACGCCUGCAGACAGCUCUCGUAAAGAGUCCGCCAACCUUACCGAGGCCCAGACGAGCUUCCUACCGUGGCCUGGGAGGAACAUUCGGACGAAGCCCGGCAUUAACGAAGGUUCCUCUUUCUUGGCUUAUCCGACAUUCGACUUCUGA